AUGGAGUCGCGGGGGAAGCCCGGGUUCAGCGGCGCGGGCAGCCUGUCCGGCAGCCGGAGGAGCUACAUGGGAGCGGCGGCGGCUGCGGCGCCCAGCAAGCCGGCGGUGGACGGGUGCGGCGUGGCGCUGCGCGUGUUCAUCCUGGCGGCGACGCUGGUCGCCGCCGUGGUGAUGGGCCUGGACCGGCAGACGGCCACCGUGCAGGUCACCAUCGCCGACACGCUGCCGCCGCUGCAGGUCCCCGUCACGGCCAAGUGGUCCUACUCCUCCGCCUUCGUGUACUUCGUGGUGGCGAACGUGAUGGCGUGCAUCUUCUCGGCGGUGGCGCUGGCGGCAUGCCGCAGCCGGAGCGCGGUGGUGCCGCUGAUGGUCGGCGACCUGGUGGUGCAGGCGCUGCUGUUCUCGGCGGUGGGAGCGGCCGCGGAGUUCGGCAUCCUGGGCGAGCGCGGCAACUCCCACGUGCGCUGGGGCAAGGUGUGCCACGUCUACAGCAGCUUCUGCGAGCGCGCCAUGGCGGCCGUCAUCGUCUCCCUCAUCGCCGCCUUCGCCAACCUCGUCCACCUCAUGUUCGCCAUCCUAGACGUCCACAAAAACUCCACCUACUACUAG